AUCAUAGAUGGAAUUGCGUUAAGUGUCUAUUUUUCCUUUGGACUUUGAGCAAAGCUCGCAUUGGAUGCGGUGAACUCUCUUGGAGUUUGUUGCUCUUCGGCCCUGUCACUGUGUGCAGCCUGCCGACGUGGCGGGGCGGAAGAGGAGCCGCUGUCUGGCACCGCACGAUCAAAAUGUCCCAGGACAGCCCCUCUGAGGCAGAGCUCCACACAGAUUCCAGUCCUCCGCUUGUCCCUGCCAAUCCUGACCCCUGUCAGGAUGUACCGUCAGUCCUUCCAGGUCCCUCAGCUCCACUGGAGCCACCUCUCCACCCUGAGAGCUUGAAGAUACCACAUUCUGCCGAGGAGACAGUCACAGAAGACACAACUGCCAAAACGGACACACCAGAUCCAGCGGCAGAGGGUCUGGUGGCUGAAUGCACCCAGUCAGUGAGCCUGGAGCCAGAUGCUGAGGCUGCAGAGGAGGAUGAACAGAAGUCUCUUCAACAGAAGGAAAAAAGUUGGGGAGGCUGGAGUUCAUGGGGAAAAUCUCUUCUAAGCAGUGCCACCUCCACUGUUGGCCAGAGCUUGACCUCCGUGAAAGCAAAGGCAGGAGAAGCUCUCCGCCUCCACAGAACCUCAGUAGGAGAGGAGGCGCAGGAAGAGGAGGAAGGAGCAGAGGAGAAGACGGAUCCACCUGAAGAGGUCGACCCGUCCGGCGCAGAGGAGUCGACGUCUGCUGAUGUCCCGAGCAGGGGCGUUUUCUCCACCAUCUCACAUGCUGUGCAGAACACGGGUAAAUCUGUGAUCAGUGGAGGUCUGGACGCCUUGGAGUUCAUUGGAAAGAAGACCAUGACCGUUCUUGCAGAAAGUGAUCCAGGAUUUAAAAAGACUAAGACUCUGAUGCAGAAAACCGCCUCGCUGAGUCAGAUGUUGAAGGAAGCCAAGGAGAAAGACCAGGCACGGCUGAGUAACCAGCCGAUGAGUGCGCCCACCGCUCACUACAGCAUUCUUUUUGAUGAAUACCAGGGCUUGUCACAUCUGGAAGCUCUGGAGAUCCUCUCCAACGACAGUGAAGCAAAGGUCCAAGCAUUCCUCUCCUCCCUUGAGGAAGAAGAUCAGGAGAAGGAGAAGAAGGAGCUGAUUUUCAUCAAAGAAAUUUUCACCAGACAACAGGACGAAGCAGAAGAAGAAGAAGAAGGAGGACAGACGAAGGAUAAUGGUGAUCUAAAUUCCCAAAUACACUGUUCUACCCCCUUAUCUGCGGACGGCGAGGAGUUCGUCAGUGUUCUCACUGAGCUGCUGUUUGAACUUCACGUUGCUGCGACACCCGACAAACUCAACAAGGCUCGAAUGAGAGCCCACGGUUGGGUGAUGGAGGUGGAACAGCCUGUCACCGCAGAGACAGUCGGCGAGGAAACUCGGGACCAGCCGAGAGAAGAAGACUCGCCUGGAAAACUAAAAGAGGAGGAUAAGGAGGAGAAGAACGAUGAGGAGGAGCAAGAGGAGAAGAGAAACAAGGGAGACAAGGCAAAAGAGAGUGACCCCAAAUCUGUAGAGGCCGUCUAUUUAUCAUCAGUUGGCAGUCUGGCAGAAGUGACAGCUCGCAGUAUUGAGCAGCUCCACAAGGUGGCAGAGCUCAUCCUUCAUGGUCAGGAGCUGGAGAAACCAGCUAGAGACCAGGCACAAAUUCUCACCAGGCUGACAUGUGCCAUGUGUAAGGAGGUGACUUGUUUGUCUAAGAUGUUCUCUGAUGCACUCCUCGUUGUUGGGGGUCAGAGGAAAGCAGAGGACUUGAAUCCAUUUAUAGACAGCGUGCUUUUAGAGGGUGCCAAUAGUACCAACUACAUCCACAAUGCAUUGCAGCUGCUGCUGCCAGUCCUGCAGAUCUCCCACAUCCAGAGCCAGCAAGGGCGACCUACAGGAGAACCUGCAGCACAACCCCAGCAUUAACACAACCUCACAAACGACCAGUUCACUUAAAGUAACGCACGUUAAAAUGAUAAUUAUAGACAUGGGAUUUUCUACAUGAGCUGCUUUAAUUCAAAACCACAGAAAAAAAACUAACUAAAGAAAAAAACAGUAUGCAGAAUUAUUAACUGACAGAGGCCAGAUGAUAAAUCGUACUACUUAGUUGCUAUUAAUGUUAUUUUGUCUAUAUUUGUUGUUAAUAUAAUGCUUCAAUCUGCAUUAGAUUGAAUGUUUCUCAACUGGCAAAUUCAGACAACAAUAAUGCGAUUUAUUUAUGUCAAUUUUCUUGCACUCCAGACUUUGUCUGAUGUAGACGUGAUACAACGUAAAACACUAAUGAAAUGUGUGACGUGAAUUUUGGUUUCAUUCUAAACUCCAGUAUUAGACUCGUCUCAUAUUUUUUGCUAUGUUAAAUUAUAUGACGCAACUACUUUGUGUUUCGCCCUCAUAUACGAUUUCACUUAAAAUAUUGUAAUGCACCUGUAAGAAAAUUAUUUUGUCCUGUUCUCACACUGUGUACAUUAAAGGUGUAAUGUAACCUUC